GUUUUAUGUUAAUCAAAGAGUGUCGUUACAAGCAGGCUAUUAGAAACUAUAAAGCUUUGAUUUGCUUUCAGUCACAGAGCAUUAGCAGUGAGAUCAGCCUGAACUGAACACACCCUUCACACUUGUUCAGGCAUGAGCUGCAGUCCUCCGUGUGAGCUUGUAAAAGUCCACAAGCAUUCUGGUCUGGCAAUCUUUGCACGUGAUGAAACUCUCCCCCAGGCAAUCCAAUUGAUUUCUAAUGUUGUUUUUGUGAUUUUCCCCGUAACUAAGACAGCAGCUGCUCCCACUCAGAGCCACAGAGAUGAGUCAGCCGUGAGGCCCUUCCCAGACGCCAACGUUCACACGGACAACACCUCACAGUGGCUCCAGACCCUCUGAUUGCUCCAAACACUAUCGACAAUUGGGAUGCAAAUGACUCUGGUGCUGUCCUGACUUCCAGGUGUUGGAGCUCCUCCUAUGUUGUCAGGGAGGGACACAAAGGAGAGGAACCGCCUGGAGGUUUUUGUGAUGAGUCUGGGUGCAGGCUUAGAUCAUCUGUGUAAGGUGAGGUGAAAACACCAGUUUUUCUUUUUAGCCUUCAAUUUAUUUGACAUGAUCAGACCAUCGCCAUAGGAGGCUGAGCGAUCUCAAUACCCAACUUUGGGUUUAGCUUCCAGGAAUUUCUAUCAGAGACAGAAAAGGAAUAUCAGCCUCAAGGAGAGUUUUUCCUGAAAGGAUUUGGGACUUCUCAGGUGAUCAUGGCCUUUUCUAUCAAAAAGUCCCUUUGGCUCGUCCUCGUCUUUGCGCCUCUGAUCUGUUUAUCCCAGUCGUCCACAAACAGCUCCGUCAGCCCUGCGUCCUCCACCUUCUCCUCAAACAAUACUUACCUGACGGGCGUGCGAGGCUGCGGUGCCAAACUGGAUCCGAUAUACAGGUUCCUGUGCGACCGUCGGGCAGCAUGGGGGAUCGUGGUGGAGGCUCUGGCCUCCACGGGUUUCCUCUUCAGCGCGGGCCUCCUCUUCUGCCUGCUGGUCAGGUUCCUGUGCACAUGUGCGUCGUCCUGCCGUCUCUGGAGCAACAGCUUCGGGGGGACAGUCCUCUGCAUAUCCCUGUUCCUGCUGGCCACAGCUGGGAUCUUUGCCACCACCUUCUCCUUUAUAAUUCAACACACGCAACUGACCUGCCCCGCCAGGAUCUUCCUCUUCAGCGUUCUCUUUUCGCUGGCCUUCUCCUGCCUGCUGGCCCGCUGCUUGGCCAUGCUGGGCUUCGCUGCCGCCCGUGGGUGGGGCGAGGCCGCCAUGGCUUUAGGGCUCUCGGCGGUGCAGGUCAUCAUCUCCACUCAGUGGUUGAUCAUCGUGCUGGUCAGGGACAAGAAGCCCUGCGAGUACAGCCAGCCGGAGUUCGCCAUGCUGCAGAUCUAUGUGCUGUGCCUCAUGGUCAUCAGCUUGAUCAUGUCCUUCCACAUCCUGUGCCGCUCCUGCUCUAUGCACAGCUACAGCUACACAGGGCCCACCAACCAGCAGUGGAGAAUGCAGGCAGCACUGAUCUGCAUCACCCUGCUCCUGUCUGCCUCCAUCUGGGUGGUGUGGAUCGCUAUGCUAACCAGAGGAAACCUUGAGAUCGGCCGUCAACCCACCUGGGAUGACCCUGUGCUGAGCAUUGCCCUGGUGGCCAACGGCUGGGUCUUGCUGAUGGGACAUGGACUGGUCCAGGUGGCAUUCUUCUGCAGUGGAGAGGCCAACUCCAACGACAUCCCACUAAACUUCAGAGGCUGGACGAGCUCCAACCCCGACACCGCGGGGCCGGGGAGUCCGAACGGAGGGAGGGAAAAUGGGAGGCAUGAGACUGAGAGCAACAUCAACCAAGACAGGACUGAUCCAAAACUGCGAUCCCCCUAUGAGUCCGGCUUCUCCAUGGAGGAGAUCGACCCUGCCAAGGACUACACCAUUCCCCGCCCUAAGACCACCAACUACACCGAGCCAUAUGAUUAAUAGCUGAGACAGCCGGGCGACCUUUAGGAUGCAAGGGUCUGAUUUGUAGAACUGUAAAUAUGAUCAUGUAUAUAGUGGAGAGGACAUGGGGAUGGAGCCGCCAGGGCCUUCAUCAGGGAGACAGGGCAGCUCUCGUCUGAUGGGAAAUCUGUGACAGCUGGAAGCCAGUGUUUCAGGCGUGUGCGGGCUGCAUGGUGCUCAGAGAUGGUUCAUACUGGCCCCCGAAGUGGUAAAGGAGAUGUAAGGAGAUGUGAAACUGUCACUCUGGAGGUGUUGAGCUGCUGCGGAGCGCAUGGGGGCCGGCGUCUGACAACACCACUGCUCAGGAAGGCUGUCAACUCUGCAUGGCGGCUUGGUUCUUCACUGGUUUUUAUCUGAAGGUCUGCUGUUGCUCCUGUGUGAAAAUAAACCCACUAAAGGACUUGUGAAAACCACAGAGAGAUGCUUUUUUGAUUGUCGAGUGUUUGCAUUAAUAAAAAAUGACCUGAUGAAGCUCUAAAA